CUUCAUCUUUCAAACGGCGGCAACGUUACCGAGGAACAAAAUUGUAAAGAUGAAUGGAUUCACGGUCGUGUCACUGGUCGUGCUCGUGAAUGCCCUGCUCCUGUUGAACUAUGCUGCAGCGGAUCAACGGAAACCGGACGUAAAGUUGAGCGCGAUCGGUGAGCUGGAAUCGUUUGACGAGAAACCAGCGUUUGAGGGCUUGUUUGACGGGCUGGAUGGAAUCCGCAUGCGACGUGCCGCUCCCGAGUCCCAGGAGCACCACGAUAACCAGCAACCGCCCGGUGGUGGUGGCCGUCGGCAGGUGUAUGCCGCUAUUCGCAACCGUCGGUCCGCCCAGGGACAGGGGCAGGAUAACGGUGGACAGGGUCAGGGCCAGGGAGGUCAGGAUGGUCAACGUGGCCCUCCGGAAGGUAAGGGACAGGGCCGUGGACAAGGCCGGAGCCGUAAUUAAUCUUGGAUCAAGCGUUCAAGUCGCAGUAGAAACGAAAAACAGUUGCACCGGUUGACUUACAUUAGUUAGUUGCAUGCACCGCUAUUAUUGCAGCAAAUCCAUCUGCGAUCUCUUAUUACUGCUUCUCGCAUUGAAAAUAAAUGAAAAAAACAAACAAAAGAAAUGAUCGAUUAAAUUAGC